GGGCAGGGCUCUCCAUCAGCCUUUCUUUAAUACUUUCGGAAAUACUGUGGUGUCACUGUUCAGUUACAGGAGUGUGGCAUGCAAAGGUCACAGCAAUUCAAGGGAAUCCGCAGAAGAAGAUAACACAUGGGUUUGAAGAAGAGUUUCAUUUCAGAGGGAAAAUGAGAUAAACCCCCUCAGAUGGACAGCAGUUCCGUCAGUCUCAAGAAGUUCAAGUUUGGGAAGUUGAAGGUGGUGCGUCGGCACUUGCUGCAGCGGUAUGAACAUCAGCCCUUCGUCUCCUGCCUGGCGGGGCUCUACAGCUGCCGGUGGAAGCGAUAUCAGCGGAGAAGGACUGAGCCAGGACAAUGCUGCUGCAAGAUGUGGGAAUGUGUGUUCUUCCCGUUUCUCGUUGGAGCAUUCUGCCUCUCUUUGGUCUUUCUGUACAUGUGGGGGGAAGCAAAGAAUGACUACAAUAACUUCGACUGGUACAACUAUGGAAACGUAGGCCACUGGUUUCUCUGGUCUGUUCUUCUUCUGAUUCUAGCUGCAGUCUUGUUUACCUACAUCACACUGUUACUGGUUCUAGCAGUGUGUUUGCUAUCAGAAGGUCAGCAGUUGUACCUGCACUGGAGUCACAAGAUUGGAACUUUUUUGGUAUUGGGCUUCUCCAUAGCUGCCAUCAGUGUAUUUUCUAAACUGUGGGGAGUUCGAUGGAAAACCGUCCGCCUGUCAUUUCAGGUCACAGCUCCCUAUCUCCACAUAGGUGCAAUAGCGGUCAUGGUCCUUCUGUCUUGGCCAGUGGCUUUGCAUGCCUUCCGAAUGAAUAAAAAAGUGAUUCAGGCAAUAAUUAUUGGUCCAUACCUGGCUAUCCUUGUCCUUCUUUUCUUGAUACCUCUGGGGAUGUACUCUCCCUGCAUCAGAGAGGUGGGGACUCUGGGGCCCAAACCAGCCCUCAUUGGACACAGAGGAGCACCAAUGCUGGCUCCAGAAAACACGGAGAUGUCAUUUCAGAAGACAAUUGAACACGGUGGGGAUGGUCUUGAGACAGACGUCACAAUUAGCUAUGAUGGGAUUCCCUUCCUGAUGCACGACAGCAACUUACAGAGGACAACAAACAUCCGGGAGGUCUUUCCCAGUAACUCCACUCAGAACGCUGCAUUGUUUUCCUGGGAUGCCCUAGAACAGCUGAACGCAGGAAAGUGGUUCCUCAAGGACACACCAUUUUCAUGCAUGGGCUCACUGUCAAGUGCAGAUCAAAAACUGGCAAUGAAUCAGUCAAUUUACAAGCUAAGUAAUUUCUUGAGACUUGCAGACAGUGCGAAUAAACUUGUGAUAUUUGAUCUCUACCGCCCUCCAGAGAAACAUCCUUACAGGAACACCUGGAUCAAUACAACACUGGAAGUGAUCCGUGACUCAGGGAUUAACCCUCAUCUGGUCCUGUGGCUGGACAACACUAUGAGGUCCUUUGUUCAGUCUGUAGCUCCCGGGUUUCAGCACACCAUGGCCAGUAAGGCCCCAGUUGAUCAGCUAUUGAGAGACAAUGUUGUGAAGCUCAAUCUAGUCUAUUCUGCAAUGUCCAGUGAAGAUAUCCGGAAAUACGCUCAGGCCAACAUCACCACCAACCUCUACGUGAUCAGUGAGCCAUGGCUCUUCUCUCUGGCCUGGUGCGUCGGAGUGCACUCUGUGACCACCAAUGCUGUACACUCUCUGAAGGACAUCAACCGACCUCUCUUCCUCAUGGUAAGGGGAAAAACCAGCCCUGCUCUCUGGGAGAGAGGGACCCAAAAGACUGUUCAGGGACUGAUGAUGGUCAUCUGUGCCUUUUAUUGGUGGAGAGAGAAGGGCUUCUCCUGUUGUUCAGAUGACAGCGGCGUAGUGCUCGAGAAUGGUACAUACAACAAAUUCCGAACUGAGCUCAAUGAUCUGCCGACUGUCGUGGUCUGAGAGAGCAAGGCCAGCGGUGUGGUGCUGAGUUCCUACUUGUCACCCGGAGAACAGAGAGCUAUGGCACCGUACAGACACUGAAUUGGGAUCAAGCCGGAGAAGCCAGGUGCCGCUGUGCUGUUAGCUGAGCUGGCUCAGUAGGGAGGCCUGUUGGUCAGGGCACUGCUUGUACAUGACUAUGGCAGUGGAGUUCGGAUGAGCCUGAAGGACCUUUUAGCUCUGUGAUCCCACGCAGAGGGCAGCUAGUCUCUGGACUGAGCUUGAUGGCUACGAAGUGCCCCUCCCUUCAGAAAUGCCUCAGACUCCUUCCAUAGGCCUCUCCCCAGUGGGAGGCUCCAGGGCCUGCUUGGGAAGGUGGCUGGAUGGGCGAGCAGCUGUAGCGGCCGGCUGUCGCCAGAUAUGAGGAAGGACCCUCCCAGCGGAACUGAGUCUGUCUCUGUGCGAUCGCUGGCCUUUAACACUGGGAGAGUCACCUGGAAAUGCACCUUUUAAUAAGUGAAUUUAAAGCUGCUGUUGGUUUAAGUAUUUUUGUAUGGCGGAAAUAAAACCCACCUGCGGAGAGA